CAGAGAACGUGUCCAUCAUUUCAUUCAUAAGAGCCGGAGCAACAGAGCCCGCUUAUUCGUCCUCUUUUUCUUCGCUGCUGACAUGCAGUCUUUCUUGUCUCCAUUUAACAAGGCGAUCUUAGUGGCUUUGUUUAUUUUUGCCAUCUUACUCAUUCUUUAUGUAAUACUAUGGUAUAUAUGCCGUGACGUGGAUUGCGACCACGGUAUAUGACGCUUGUCGUGAGAAAAGCAGACGAUACCCUGACUUUGGCUUAUACGGAGACGCGCCAGGGUGACCCUUUGUUUUGCCCAAACAAAAUGGAAGGGUUGCCAUAGUGACGGGGGGUGCCCGAGGAAUGGGUUAUGAGACUGCAAGACACCUGGCAAGCCUUGGCAUGCAUGUGGUUAUAGCUGGGAACUCUGAAGAGGAUGGCCUGCAAGCUGUGAAGAAGAUCCACGAAGAGGGCAGCGAGGGGAAAGUGGAAUUUCUGUUCCUGGACCUGUGUUCCCUAAAGUCGGUACGGCAGUUUGUCCAAAGGUUUAAAGCCAGGGCUCUACCGCUUCACGUCCUUGUGAACAAUGCCGGUAUCAUGCUGGUUCCAGAGGGAAAGACAGAGGACGGUUUCGAGCUGCACUUUGGUCUGAACUAUCUGGGACACUUCCUGUUGACAAACCUCCUCCUGGACAAACUGAAGAGGUCUGGGAGACACGACGCCUGCUCCCGCGUCGUCACCAUGUCCUCCGCCACACACUACGUUGGACGACUCAAUAUGGAAGACCUACAGGGCAGGUCCUGCUACAGUGCGCAUGGCGCCUACUCUCAGAGUAAACUGGUUCUGGUUCUCUUCACAUACCAUCUGCAGGAGAAGCUAACAGCAGCAGGGUUCCCAGUAACAUCCAACGCAGUAGACCCAGGCAUGGUGGACACUGACCUGUACAACAACCUCUGUAUUCCAGCCCAGGCAGCCAAGAAACCUGUUGCCAAAAUGCUGUUUAGGACCCCAGCCGAGGGAGCGUCUACAGCUAUCCUGGCUGCCACUGCGUCUCAGCUGGAGGGGGUCGGAGGCUGCUACUUCUAUAACGGGGAGAGGGCUAAAUCCGCUGACAUUACUUACGAUCACAACGUGAGGGCUGAGCUGUGGAAACAGAGCUGUGCGCUGGUUGGUCUUCAGGAGGCCUAGAGGAGGAACCAGGAACCAUGAUCUUAGAAAUAUGCCAAGAUCAACGGCAUGACACCUCCCUCCAGCGUCAACAACAACCAAGCUUCGUCCCAAUUCUCAACCCUUCCCUUCGGCCCUAAGUGUGCACUUGUUCCGUUCCCUUCAUGGAUCUAAAAGCACUGGUAUAGGAAAUAUGGUAGCAACUCCCUCUAGCCUAGGCUGACACCAAUCCAAUGCUUUUAAAUUCAUGGGGAGGAGAGCACAAGUGCGUGCUUUAGUAGUAUCGGGAUACAGCCCAAGUCAGCCCCAGCCAGCACUGUAUACAGCGACAGCCUGUGGACUUAGGCUUCCUGAUUACUUAGCAACAUCUAGCUACAGCACAAACUUUGGUUGUUGCCUCUACUGUAACUGUCCUCUCUUGACCUCUCUCCUCAUAGUACUGCAUAACACAUCAGCAAUGGAAUCGACUCUUCAGCAUGUCAUAUCUUCUAACAUAUCUUCUCCUCCGCAAAGACAGUUCUGAAGACAUCCAUUCUACCAUGCGACAAGCACUAUUAAACACAUGCUGAACUGCACAUUGAGUGAUGGAAUUGAUGUUUUUUAUAUUGCAAUACAAGUUCUGCUGCCAAAUUUAUGAAGCUUUGGUACUGUAGCUCCCUCUUCUGGAAUCGCAGAUAACAAAACAUUGAAGGACACAAGGAACAACAUCGGAGCUAGUAGUGCCUCGGAGCUAGUAAUAUCGCUUCGAAACAGCGCCAUAUUUUUUUCUGUCUAAAAUUGGACCCUGUCCAUUCUUCUUUCUUCUACUUGGACUCCCAUCAGGGGCGGACUGGCCAUCUAGAAUUUCGGGUAAAUGCCAGAUGGGCUGGUCCAUUUUUAGCCUAGUGGGCCUGUGUAACAAUUUUUUUUCUUAUCUGGCUAAUAAUGGGGGCCUCAAGGAAAAAAAAUUGGCCGUUGCGUUAGAAUAAUGCCAGAGGCAAUUUCUGGUCCUAGUCCACCCCUGACUCCCAUCAAGGACUGGACCAUAUAGCUGUAGAUGUACCGCCUCAUAGCUGUGAUCAAAAAUAUCAUGUCAAAUAUGCUUUGGUGAAGGGCUAACAAUGACAACCAUGAGACUCGAACUUGGUUAGCCUUAUUCCCGCUUAAUUUGCACUUGCCUCGUUUAAUGCGUGUGUCCAAUCCUUGUUGUUGUAAUCAAGGACAAAAACUGACAGCAAGCUUCCUAAUAGUACAGUAGAUGCCUUUGCCUUGUUUGACUUACUGUGCCCAGAGGGGAUGUUCUGCCCUGCUAUCGCCACUUCACUGUGACUGAUGUGAAAUGUUGUCGUGAUUUUUGAUGUCUCUGUGCCAUACUGUGAUAACAAAAUGAUGCUCAUCUUUAAAUGUCCUGAAACGGUAGUUAACAUGUUAAUGGUUGGGGGAUCAUAUUUUCAGACAUGUUUUCGCCAUUUUCAUCUGACUAGAAGAUUCAGAAUCUUUAAAUGACUAAGUGGUUCUUGUGAUAAGAGGUUUCUAGUGUGGAGAGUUCUAGCUUGGGUGCUACCUGAAAUUUGUGCUUGGGUUCGAUGGCCACUUGAAUUACAAACACUUGCUGUGACAUCUUUUUAAUGCACUUCUUCAUUAUCUAACUAUGCUUCUUCUAGGUGUCUCCAAUCCAUUUUAAGUAUGCGUGUCGAAGUUCUCAUACAGGAUAUCGUCAGUGUUUUGUCUUAAGUGUUUUGUGUUCAAGUACUGUAUGUGUAUGCAUGCCUAAGCAGUGUAAGGUUCAGUUCUGUACAUGCCCCAGACAACAGUUAUUCAAUAACAACAGUGCCAAUACUCAAAUGCUCCUUAGAAUACUAAUGAGGAAGGUUGAAGAGAAGAGGACUCUUCUCCAAGCUUUCAUCUGCUUUUGUUAUAAUACAAAAUGUGUUAUGAAUCUAAUGCUGGAUAAAGGCAGACAUAAGAGACAUCAAAUGUUAUUUGUCACAUGUGCCGAAUACAGUGAAAUGCUUACUUACAAGCCCUUAAUCAACAAUGUAGUUAAGAAAAUACCUAAAAAAAAAAAAUUAAAAAGAGAUAACAAUAAACACCAUAAACAUCAUUAAAUAUAAUACAUCAUGAUGUAAACAUUUCAGUAGGACAUUUUAAUCUGAAGUAAUUAGGUUAUUCAUUGUAUUACCACAAUCACUGUGAACAAUGUCUUGUUUUCCAAGUUUUCUUUAGUUGUACUGUACUAAUUAAUGAAGUAGUUAUUAAUUUGAGUUUCUAGUCAAUGAGUGAUUCUUAGAUGUGACUGUGUUGUCCUCACUCAUAGCAUAUAGAAGGAUGUCCACAUUGGACAGAAAUCUAAAUAAAAAUCUAUUGUAAAUGAA